CCGGGUCACGGCAGGCGUCGCUUCCGCAGCAGCAUGGCGGCCACGGAGGACGGGCAGCUGGCGGGGGACUGCGAAGGAGAGCGGCUGGAUUUCCUGCGGGACCGGCACGUGCGGUUCUUCCAGCGCUGCCUCCAGGUUUUGCCGGAGCGCUACUCUUCGCUGGAGACCAGCAGGUUGACAAUUGCAUUUUUUGCGCUCUCUGGGCUGGAUAUGUUGGAUUCCUUAGAUGUGGUGAACAAAGAUGAUAUAAUAGAGUGGAUUUACUCCCUGCAGGUCCUUCCCACAGAAGACAGGUCAAAUCUAAAUCGCUGUGGUUUCCGAGGCUCUUCAUACCUGGGUAUUCCAUUCAAUCCAUCAAAGAAUCCUGGAAUAUCUCAUCCUUAUGACAGUGGCCACAUAGCAAUGACCUACACUGGUCUUUCAUGCUUAGUUAUUCUUGGAGACGAUCUAAGCCGAGUAAAUAAAGAAGCUUGCUUAGCAGGCUUGAGAGCUCUUCAGCUGGAAGAUGGAAGUUUUUGUGCAGUACCUGAAGGCAGUGAAAAUGACAUGCGAUUUAUAUACUGUGCUUCCUGUAUUUGCUAUAUGCUCAACAAUUGGUCUGGCAUGGAUAUGAAAAAAGCCAUCAACUAUAUUAGGAGAAGUAUGUCCUAUGACAAUGGGUUGGCACAGGGAGCUGGACUUGAAUCUCAUGGAGGCUCAACUUUUUGUGGCAUUGCAUCGCUGUGUCUCAUGGGUAAACUAGAAGAAGUUUUUUCAGAAAAAGAAUUGAACAGGAUAAAGAGAUGGUGUAUAAUGAGGCAACAAAAUGGUUAUCAUGGAAGACCGAAUAAGCCUGUAGACACCUGUUAUUCUUUUUGGGUGGGAGCAACUCUAAAGCUUCUGAAAAUUUUCCAAUACACUAACUUUGAGAAAAAUAGAAAUUACAUCUUAUCAACUCAAGAUCGCCUUGUAGGGGGAUUUGCCAAGUGGCCAGAUAGUCAUCCAGAUGCUUUGCAUGCAUACUUUGGAAUUUGUGGCCUGUCUCUAAUGGAGGAAAGUGGAAUUUGUACAGUUCAUCCUGCCCUGAAUGUAAGCACACGGACUUCUGAACGCCUUCGAGAUCUCCAUCAGAGCUGGGAAAGCAAGGACUCUAAGCAGUGCUCAGAGAAUGUACACAUCUCCACAUGACUGACUUUAGACUGGGAGGGUGGGGGGAUUUGUAGCAUAACUGUAGCUCAAGGUUAAAAGCCAUGUAUAACCAAGUGUGCUCUUUUUUUAAGAGGUAGAGUCUUACAAUCAAAUCUUGUGCUGGUGUCACUUUGGAAUAUGGUCUUGAGCCAGUAAUUUGUAAUGGGUUUCAAGAAAAUCUUUGAAGUUUGAACCACAAUGGACUCUGUUAUGGUUCUUAAAUGUUUAUACUGUAUUUCUAAGAAGUUCUUUGAGGAAAAUUAACUGUGUGUAUGUAGGUUAUCUUUUUUUAAACUCUUCAGUACAAAUUAUAUCAUAUUAUAAAAUAGAAAUCUUCAAGUUUACAGUUCACAUAGCAUUGAUAAUCUUUGGAUGAACACUUAGUGAUCAUUUUAAAUGCUUGAUUGCUGAUGGUAGAAAAUUGCUUUAAGAAUUAAGUAUCUGGGAUUAUUCUUUGAAAACAAUUGAUCCCAUAAUUUUUAAAAAAGAAGAAUGAUUUAUUUUGUCUCAUUCAUAAGUGUGUGCCAAUUAAACUUGUGUGGGCUAUACCAGUAUAAGUGAAAUUAACCUCAUAGCAAGAAUGAAUAGGCUUAACUAAUACAAUAAUUUUUGUGAAGGGAGAUUGUUUUAAGAAGACUAUUAUGUAACUGAGGGAAAAGUAAUUUAACUGUAUGUGAUAGUGAAUGGAAAAGUUUUGUGCUGUUCAGAUCAUUUAUUUAGAUGUUGCUGGGGUAAAUUAACAGUUAUGUUUUACUUUAAUCUCAAAUUAUUAGUUCCUGUUUUUUUCUUUUUCUUUAUGGGGAGAAAACAGUAUUAUCUGGAAGAAAAGACAUUUAGUAGUUUUGUUUCUUUUUCUGAGAUAUGUAAUAUCAUAAUUUAUCCUAGUACUUUUAUAACAGUUAUUUUUAGCCACUUGGAUUUUAUUUUUAGUUUGUUGCCCCAUGCUUUAGCUUUUCUAAUUUCAAACUGAUAAUUUUCUAAUUUUUUCAAAUUUAAUAACUAAAAAUUUAAUUAAAAAAUAGGUCUGCUCAAGUAAAUUAAAUGGCUUAGCUCCA